AAUUUACCACCUGGUAACACUAUUAUGAGUCGCUUCUCCGUCAAAACAAAAGAAAGUUUUUCCAAGCUACAUUUACUUUGGCUCCAAUAAUUUUUCCAUCCCACAACUACGGCUUCGCAGGGGGAGGCGUCCAGCGCUACGGAGGCGAACGAACGCACACCACUGAUGGCUGCUGUUAAUCUCCAGGCUUCGUGCUCCUCCGGACUCGCCUCCGGAGACGAUGCCAAUAUGGGCAGCCAGAACGGCGAGGCGGAACGUUUGGAACGUCCUCCAAGGCGGCAACAACAGCGCAAUAACUACGGAUCCGGCAAUCAGGAUCAACCGGAUGCGGCUAUACUUGCAGUUCCCAAUGUGGUGAUGCGGGAACCUGGCGGUUCACGCCCUUCAAGACUGACUGGUGGCGGCGGAGGUCCACCCACAAAUGAAAUGGAGGAGGAGCAGGGUCUGAAAUACGGCGCUCAGCAUGUGAUCAAGUUGUUUGUUCCCGUCUCCCUGUGCAUGCUGGUGGUGGUGGCUACCAUCAACUCCAUCAGCUUUUACAACAGCACAGAUGUUUAUCUCCUUUACACACCAUUCCAUGAGCUAUCACCCGAACCAAGCGUUAAAUUCUGGAAUGCCUUGGCCAAUUCUUUAAUCCUUAUGAGCGUGGUUGUAGUGAUGACCAUUUUGCUAAUUGUUUUGUACAAGAAACGUUGCUAUCGCAUCAUCCAUGGCUGGCUGAUACUCUCCUCUUUUAUGUUAUUGUUCAUCUUUACGUACUUAUACUUAGAAGAACUUCUUCGAGCCUACAACAUACCUAUGGAUUACCCCACUGCCCUGCUGAUUAUGUGGAAUUUUGGAGUAGUCGGAAUGAUGUCUAUCCAUUGGCAGGGCCCUCUGAGAUUGCAGCAAGGGUAUCUUAUAUUUGUGGCUGCCCUGAUGGCCUUAGUGUUCAUCAAAUAUCUGCCUGAAUGGACUGCAUGGGCUGUUCUAGCUGCUAUUUCUAUUUGGGAUCUCAUAGCUGUUCUUUCCCCAAGAGGACCUCUUCGAAUACUAGUAGAAACGGCCCAGGAGCGUAAUGAACAAAUCUUCCCCGCUCUGAUCUACUCAUCUACUGUUGUUUAUGCACUUGUGGGCACUACUACGAACCAGCAAUCGCAGGCCACCGCAUCAUCAUCACCCUCAUCCAGCAACUCUACCACGACCACGAGGGCCACGCAAAAUUCUUUGGCUUCGCCGGAGGCAGCGGCGGUUAGCGCCUCACGCUCAGGUAACUCCCAUCCUAGACAGAAUCCACGGGAUGACGGAAGUGUACUGGCAACUGAAGGUAUGCCACUUGUGACUUUUAAAAGCAAUUUGCGCGGAAACGCCGAAGCUGCGGGUUUUACACAGGAAUGGUCAGCCAAUUUAAGUGAAAGAGUGGCUCGUCGUCAGAUUGAGGUUCAAAGUACUCAGAGUGGAAACGCGCAGCGUUCAAACGAGUAUAGAACAGUCACAGCUCCAGAUCAGAAUCAUCCGGACGGACAAGAAGAACGUGGCAUCAAACUGGGACUCGGCGACUUUAUCUUCUAUUCGGUAUUAGUGGGCAAAGCCUCUAGCUACGGCGAUUGGACGACCACAAUCGCUUGCUUUGUGGCCAUCCUGAUUGGACUCUGCCUCACUCUCCUGCUUCUGGCUAUUUGGCGUAAGGCGCUGCCCGCGCUGCCUAUCUCAAUUACCUUCGGAUUGAUAUUCUGCUUCGCCACCAGUGCGGUGGUCAAGCCAUUUAUGGAGGAUCUUUCGGCCAAGCAGGUGUUUAUAUAAACUUAAAUCAAAAGACAAGGACAUACCAAAUGUCUCACAGUAUCAUAGUCUAACAAAGCUUUUUGUAAUCCACUUCUUUAUUUAACAAAAUGCAUAGUAACAACUCCAACUAA